AUGGGCAUUAAUUCCAAAUGUGAAAAUGUCUAUUUAAUAGAUUUUGGUUUGUCGAAAUAUUAUUUAAAUAAAACGACGCGUCAACAUAUUGAAUAUAAUGAUAAGAAGCGUUUCUUAGGUACAAUACGUUACGCUAGUCUUCGUACACAUGCAGGAAUUGAACAAUCACGUCGCGAUGAUUUAGAAUCUUUCGCAUGCACAUUAAUAUAUUUAGCACGGUCAGAUAAAUGUCUACCAUGGCAAGGUAUUAAAUGUAAAACAAAAAAAGAGAAGCAAGAAAAAGUCUAUGAAAUUAAACUUCAUACACAUAUCGAAAUUUUAUGUUUAAAUUUACCGAAAGAAUUUCAAGAAAUUUUAUUGUACACAAGACAACUUGGUUUCGCUGAAGAACCAAAUUAUUAUUAUUUAUUUUCAUUAAUUAAACAAAUAUAUCAAACAAUGAAUAUUAAAAAGGAUUUUAUCUACGAUUGGAUUGUUCAAAAACCAAGAUAA